AUGAUGUUUAUACCUUCAACUGCUGUUGGAUUCAUGGGAUGGUUAGAAGAGUGGAAAGUGAAUUAUAAAAUUCAAUCAUAUUUGAUACAAGUUCAUUUUGUAUGUAAGUGAAAUUAAAAACAUGAUUUGAUUUUGUCAGCGGAUUUGAAGUUUUCAGUGUUAUCCAAUUGUAUUUUGAUGUUAUUCGAAGAUCGAUACGAUGUUCUUGUUGCUCAAAAUUCUUCAAAACGAAAACGAGUGAUUUAUCACUUGAUAAACCUUAUUUUUGGAUGUUGCAUUAUUCUGCCAAUUUAUUUUGAGAAAAUUGACAAUGAUAAAGAACGGAUGAUGAUUUCGGCGAAGUAUCCUGAAAUGCCUCCAAGAUUUUUCGAAAAACAAACACAUGUUGUUACAACUCAAACUAAUCUUGCGAUUAUUUUAGUUUUCAUCGAAACCAUUCUUAUGACUUCUCAACUUUUAUAUUUUCCAAUUCAUACAAUUUUCUACCUCACUAAAAAGUCAAGUCAAUUAUCUGAACAUACUCGAGAAAUGCAAUUACGAUUUGUUAUAUCACUUAUAUUACAAGUUUGCAUUCCAGUAACUGUUUUGGCAUUACCAAUUAUGUUCAAUAUUGUCGUUAUAUAUUUAGGAAUUCAUAAUCAAAUAAUGAAUAAUACAACACUUCUUAUUAUGUCUACUCAUGGAUUUUUUGCUUCAUUGUGUGUUAUUUAUAAUCACGAACCUUAUCGGAAGUUUACAAUUAGAUUGUUUUUAUGUUUAACGAAUAGGAUAGAAAUCGAGAAACCGAAAUCGACUAUUAUAAGGUUCUAA